CUGGUAAAUAGCUUCCCGUUGUUCGUUUCGGAGCAACGCUCAUGUUUCUAAGGGGCAGCUAAAAACUGAAGAGCCGCUGUCACUUUUCUAACCUCUUGCACAGAUUGUGUUGAUUUUUAUAUAGUGAGUAAUACAGCAGUCCGCCAAGUAUUGAGUAAAACUUAAUCGCGUAAGAAUAUCAUGAUGUCGCGAUCUGUACGUGCAGAGACACGUAGUCGCGCUAAGGAUGACAUUAAGCGUGUGAUGCAAGUUGUGGAUAAAGUUCGUCACUGGGAAAAAAAGUGGGUGACGAUAGGUGAGACUACGAUGAAGAUUUACAAGUGGGUUCCUAUAUCGACACUAGAGCAGAAGAAAAAAGGGAAGACAGUGGUGGAUAAAGAAAAUGGACUUGCACGGAAAGGCAUAGAAUCAUCAAAUUCAAAUUUUGGACUUACAGAAGAUUCCAAUACGUGUUUUUCUACGGUUAGUGAUUCCCAGGGAAUGACUGAUUUCUCAGCACACCUCGGAUUCUCAGAGGAUUCCAAUUCGCAAAACAGCGAACCAACACCCAAGAGAUUGAAGACUGAUUGAAUAAUCUCUCUCUUUAAUGACUGCUUUAGCGUUUUUACAUUAUCGUACGUCGUUAUGGAUUUACACAUUAUAAAUAUUUGUAUAGUAUGGGCCAUUCCAUAGCAAAGGCUGGAAGCAUCGUCUCUUACAUUUUCAUCAUUAAUUCUUUACAAUCUGUAUUUUGUGUGCAAAUUCAUAGUGGGACUCGUUUGAAGUACUCGCUUCGUGAGAAAUCACGUUGACAAAGCGAGUCGUUAAGUACGAUAAUUAUUUUCUCAUAAGAGAAAGAGAGAGAAUCAUAUAUUGUAAUAAUUGUAAGACGAACACAAUUAGUUUAGACGCGGUAGGUGUGUAAAUAUUUUAAGUGAUAUUUUCGUCGCAACGGUGCUAAUGUACGCCACUUGCAUUCAGAGUAACAUCCUUUAGUUUAUCCAGCGAGACAU